AUGGACAUCAACACAGACCCCGGCUGUGUGUUCCCAUCCAGAUCAGGUGAGGUGAUCCAGACCUUUGUGAGCUCAGAAGGUGACCCACGGGUCUUCUCUAAAGCUAUACUCCGAGCACUUCCAAGAAAUGUGGUAACCACUGGAGACCAGGUGACCUUCUUCUGUCAAGGGCCCUUAGAGGCCAAGGAAUACCGUCUCUGCAAAGAAGGAAGUCCAGAUUGCUUGGUACCAACAACCCCAAUAGAAACCAAAAACUUGGCCAAAUUCUCUAUCUCAUCAGUUGGAUGGUACAAUGGAGGCCAAUACAGGUGUGAAUAUAAAAGUCCCAAUGGCAAAAGAGAACACAGUGACUACCUGGAGAUGGUGGUGACAGGAGUUCACCAGAGCAGUGUGACCCUGUCAGCCCUUCCCAGCCCAGUGGUGUCCUCUGGAGGAAAUGUGACCCUUCAAUGUGUGUCACAACAUCCAUAUAACAGGUUCAUUCUGAUGAAGGAAGAUGAGAAGUUCUCCCAGGGUUUGCCCUCACAGAAAAUACACCCUGAGUUAUUUGGAGCCGUGUUCACAGUGGGUCCUGUGACCCCCAACCAGAGGUGGAGGUUCACCUGCUUUGGGUAUUACUUGAGCAGCCCCCAGCUGUGGUCAGUUUCCAGUAGUGUCUUAGAGCUUCUGGUCUCAGGGACCCUUCACAAACCCCUCAUAUGGGCUAAUCCUGGCUCUGUGAUUACCUCAAGGAGUCCUGUUACCAUCUGGUGUCAGGCGACCCAAGAAACCCUCAUCUAUGUGAUAUAUAAAGAGGGAAGCCCAGAACCCUGGGACCAAGAGGCCCAAAUAGCCCACAACAAUAAGGCAAAACUCACCAUUCCAUCUGUGACACAAUUGCAGGCCGGGAUUUAUCACUGUUACACCUACACCUCUGCUGGAUGGUCAGAGCGCAGUGACACCUUAGAGCUGGUGGUGACAGGAGUCUACAACAAACCCAUCCUGUCAACCAUGCAUAAUCCUGUUUCCCACCUCUUUCCCACCCACUUUCUUAUAGGAAACCUCAAGAAACCCACCCUCUGGGCUGAACCAGGCUCUGUCAUCAGCACAGGGAAUCCUGUGACCAUCUGGUGUGAGGGGACCAAGGAAACCCAAAUAUAUUUCCUGUAUAAAGAAGGAAGCCCAGCACCCUGGUUCAGUCAAAUUCCAAAAGAUCCUGGUAAAAAGGUCAUGUUCUCCAUAGCAUCCGUGGAAAAGCAUCAUGCAGGGCAAUAUCGCUGUUACUCUUAUGAAUCUGCAGGGUGGACAGAGCGCAGUGACUCCCUGGAGCUGGUGGUGACAGGUGUUUACCAUGGCAAACCUACUCUGUCAGCUGUGCCCAGCCCUGUGGUGACCUCAGGUGGGAAUGUGACCCUUCAGUGUAUCUCAUCGAAAGGAUAUGAUGGGUUCAUUUUGACUGGUGCUGAUCUGAAGUUCUCCAGGUCCCAAAAGGCACAGUUAUUACACACUGGACAGUCCCAGGCUCUGUUUCCUCUGAUCCUUGUGACAUCCAGCACACAUGGGCCCUUCCGAUGUUAUGGAAACUAUAUAAAUAUCUCAAAUGUGUGGUCAGAGGCCAGUGACCCUCUGGAGAUACAUGUCUCAGUCUCACAGCCCCAGGAUCACACAGUGGAGAACCUCAUCCGGAUGGGCAUGUCUGCCUUGAUCCUCACAGCUCUUGGGAUUUUGCUGUUUGAGGCUUGCCGCAGCCAGAGAAGGACCCAGAAUUCAUCCUAGAAGUAUAGAGGAGAGACCAUAGUAUGCCUAGUCUGGUGAUCGAGUCUUGGAAAUAAAUUUGAGGAUCUCAGGUGCUUUUUAAGAGAAAAUUCAGUGCUUAAUUUUGUGAAUUACUUGUGAUAAACUAUCCGGCAAGAUAAUGUGUUUUGGUUGCAUGAAAAGACCUAAAU